AUGACCGAGGCACUCGCCACCCUCUCGGCGCUCCUUGACUCGGACUCGGACUCGGACACAGGGAGUGCGGCACCGGGCCUGGCGGCCUUUGCCGGCCUCGCCUCACGCAAGCGCAAGCGCACAGACGAGGCCACAGGAGCUACAAGCUACGGAGCAUCGUUUGCAGAGAGUCAACGGAGGCUCAAGCGGGCCAAGCAGGACAAGCUCGCCAAGGAUGCCGCUCGCGCUGCCGCAGAAGCCAAGGGCGCCCGCUCGCAGGUGGCGCGCAAGCCGGCAGCUACCUUUGGCCUCCGAACGGGAGCACGAGGCGGAUCGGGCAGCAGUAGCGGUGGUGCAGGCGUGGUGGAGGCUGGAUCGGGCUCCAAGGAAGCAUUUUCCGGCCUCUGGCUCCGUAAUCGGGUCGUAUCGUCAGAGGCCAUGGCGCGACACAUGGCGCAGCGCAAGUACUACCCGCUGGGCGGGCUCAAGGACGCCGUGGUAUGCGGCGACAUCCCGGGCGAGUGGGUGGUGAUCGGCGUGGUGGCGAGCAAGUCGCGGGUCCAGGUUUCGGGCCGCGGCGGUAAGUACGUCAUCUGGACGCUCUCGGAUCUGGCCGGCGUCUCGCUCUCGCUCUUUGUCUUUGGCGGCGCUUUUGAGGCGCUGUACGCCACGCCUGUCGGCUCAGUCUUUGCCCUCCUCAAUCCAAAGGUCCUUCCGUCGCGCGAGCGUGGCAAGGGCCUUGCCAUCUCCAUCACAGGCACCGACAACGUCCUGAUGCUGGGCAAGUCGCGCGACUACGCCGUGUGUAAGUCGCUGACCAAGGCCGGAGCCAAGUGCACCAACGUCAUCAAUGGCUCCAAGACCCAGUACUGCGAGUACCACGUCAUGAAGGAGUACAACCGCGUCCGCUCCUCGCGCAUGGAGUUCAACUCGGGCUUUGGUGGCAAGACCAAGCCCGACGUGGCCUCGGCCCGCCGCAACCUCUCGGUCGGCACCUUUCAGCAUCGCCGGGUCGCUGCUCCGCGGCAAAGCGCCAAGGCAUCGCCGGUGGCUACCCUCCGUGCCAAGCUCGCCAAGGCCGGCCGCCGCAAGGCGACGGUGCCAUCAUCGGCCGACUCGCGCUCGCUUCUCCGCCAGAUCCAGCGCGAUAUGACCAAGGAGACCACGCCCGGUCGGCCGACCCGCGGCAAGCGCCAGGUGCUCGAGUCCAAGGUUGCUGCUCUUGCCGACGAGGACCGAGCCAAGUUCCGUGCCAUCGCCGCGGCCCGCAAGGAGGCCCGCAACAGCUCGGGCCCGGGUGCGUCUGGCAAAGCCGUCCACAUUAACGGUCACGCCCGUAUUCCAGGCAUGCGCAGCGAGCCUAUCGCCACGAAUUGCGAGGCAAUCAUCGGCCACGGCAAGGCGCCGGUUCUUGGCCGCGGCCUCCACGGCUCGGGCUCCAUGUCUAUCCCGCUGGCGGGCCUCGGCAACCUCCAGCACGCGCGAGCCAUCAUCUCGACCUCGGCCGACUUUGCAGCCAAGAAGGCUGCCGCUCUCCAGCGCGCCGCCGCCCACGACGAGGCCGUCCGCCGCGCGCGCGAGCGCGACGAGGCCAAGGCCCGCCACGCCGCCCAAGCCGUCAACGCCGACCGCAUCCGCCGCGCAGCCGCGCUCCUCAAGGCCAAGCGCGAGCGCGGCGAUCGCGAGCCCGAAAAUGCAAUGCCACGGCUGCCGCGCAAGUCAGAGGUCGCCGCCCGCAAGGCCGCCGCACCCGCCGCGCCGCGCUCAGCACUGGCCGCCGCCAUGGGCCGUCGGGUCGACCUCAAGUCAACUGCCGGCCAGGCGGUGCUCUCUGCCAAGUCGGCGCACGCCGCUGAUGUGGCUGCCGCCAAGAAGAAGGAACGUGAUGCCCGUCUGGAUGAGCUUGAGAAGCGCGACAACAUGGUGAUGCAGAUGGCCGGCAUCUUCGAGCAAGAGUGUAAGGCCGCCAAGUGCGCGCAGUGCAACAAGAUCACCCUGUCAGUGACCAAGGUCUGCGCUGCGGCAGGCCACACCAUCAAGUGGAUCACCACUACCAAGCGCUGGUUCAAGUGCGGCCAAUGCCGCCAUCGCGUCACCAUCAUCAACUCGCGCUUCCCGAAUCGCCCAUGCACCAAGUGCGGCGCCGCCGCCUUUGAAAAGGCGCCGAUGUACCGCGGCUCGACCGAUCCCACUAACCUCCACGACGCCGUCCGUGGCGUUCAUGCCCCGAUCUCGGGCAACAUCAGCUACGUCGGAUGA